AUGAUUGAAUUGAAUGGACCGCAAGAACACCCAAAGAACAAUAUAAGAGCGAAAAGAGUGACCAAGCUUCAACACCUAGACAAGAAGAGAGUACGAGAUCAAAUUGAAUUGCUCACUAAAAAACUAGAUAAAAACCAAGAGGAAACACGCCUACUGGCUAAGUUGAGAGAUGAUUUACAAGCUUCUGACGAACGUUUAAUAGGUUAUGAAGGGAAUAAUAGUGAACUUGGUGUAAGGAGUAUAUUCUAUGAUAAAGAUUGGAAUCCGAAGGGAGCUGCACCAUCAAAUUACAGAAAUAUUCCGUACAAUCCUGGAACUUUCGAAAGGCGAACCGAAGUUAAAGUCAGACUAAGGAAUCUUGGAAAUAUUGUCUUACCAGGCGAAAGCCCAAAAUAG